AUGGGUGCCAGGACACAAUCUACAGCAACAGAAAAGCUAGUUGUCUCCAAAGCAGUAGACAUUUAUGGUGUUUCGGAUGAAGCUUCGGUAACAAAAUAUAUUGCAACAAUGUAUGGAUACAUUCACCCAAAGAGAUGGAAAGAGAUUUAUCAGGAGGUGCUUGAGACAUAUAAGAAGAAUGGUUAUUCAUCUCCCGUUGAUUUCUGUAAGGAUCUAAGGUUUGACAUUGCAAGAAAGCUGUACAUGGAAAAAAUGGCACUGAGGAACAAGCUUCUAGAGGGAGAGGAUGUAGAAUAUUCAGGCCAAUACAUAUCCUAUGACUGGAAUAUUGGGAGUAUUAAAAAGAUAGAUGAUAUUGCUAGGGCAACCGAAGAUGCCCUGGAUAAUAGGCAGCUCUAUCCCUCUACUGACCCACGAAUCAUAAGACAGCACAUAGAAGCCAUGAGUAAGUGGCGCGACAGAGCUCAAGGGAACCUAGAUGGAGCCAGCAGGAUGUCGGAAUCCAAGAAAAGGCACCAUAUAGUUGUAGACAAGGAAAAAAGAAGGUCCUACCACAGAAUGAGCGAUGAGGAAAGGGAGCUCGAUGACUUUCUAGACAGAAUGGAGGAGGAGCACUAUAUCAUGGGGCAGGAAGGCAUCAACCCAAAUAGACUAAGAGGGAAGUAUCCACCUCUAAAGACCUCUUUGAUGGGUAGCAGAUUCUCGGGGUACAGGGACGUGGAUGGGCCAAGUGCUUCCUUGGAGAACCAAUACAGAGUAAUUGUCAAUAGAAUUGCAGGAGGCGUGAUGCAUGAAAGUAAUGGUGAGGCAUGGAGAAAGGACCUCAGAGUCAUUGUCCAGUACCAUAUGAAAAGAAUAGGGAUGGUUAAUGAGCUCGAAAAGGUAAAUGUGUUGAUAGACAGUAGUAGUAUGGCACAUAUACUGAUGAACAUCUUGAUGCUUCUCCAGGGAAUGAUCGAUAGGCCGAGGAACAGAGAUCUGGUACCAGAUUAUAUGUCCUUUAAAAAAGAUCUUCUCAUGUUUGGUAACCACUAUAGGAAAUGA